AUGGCCUGGAUGAGAUUAAAAGAAUCUUACAGUAAAUUUGAAGUUAUUAUUAAUGAUGAUAAUACAGUGCCCAAAUUUAAUGAUUCAAAAAUCAAAGAAGUUUAUGAAAAAUACCCAGCUAUAAAUCAAAAAAUAGAAAAGGCUGUUGUAAUAAACUCAAAAUUGUGGAAAACUUGGAAAAAGAGAUUCCUAUUCUGUUCAUUUAUAACUAUGGAGAUAUUUAAUAUGCCAAAAAAUGAUAAUUUAGAGUUGGGCAGCAAUUCAAAUUUCAAUAAUGAUCAAGAUUCGAAUGAUAUUCCCGAUUCAAAUGAAAAGUUGGAAACAAAUGACAACUCUAACAAAAAAGAUAAUUCUGAUUCAAAUGAAUGUAAAAAAAUAAUUUCAGAAUUUUUUUUAAAAAUGUUACUUGAUGAAGAAAAAGAUUAUAGUAAAUUAACAAAAAAAUACACAGACAUUUCACAGGAGAAAAAUUUUCUUUCAACUGUUCAAUCAUUUAUUAGUAAUAUUGGUAGUAUGUUUAAGAGAUCUAGUUCUAAUGAAGAUGAUUCUCACACUAUUCAACCCGUUGUCAUUGAAUCUCAUGUUAUUGAAAGGAAUAUUCAAAAAGCAACCCAAAUGGCAAAUGAAAUUUCUGACUCUAAAUUUGUUAAACAACUUAAUAAUUCUGAGUUAUUUAACAUGACCCAAGAAACAGGGGAUAGAGUUAUUAGCAUAUUUUUUGGAGAAUACCAAAAUUGGAGGAAUGUACAAUGUUCUAGUAAUAUUAAAGAUAUUAUACCAAAAUAUGCAGAUAUUAAGGAUCAAUAUGAAGAAAAUCUAAUGAAAGAAAGUUUACAGGACACUAAAAAAAUCGAAGAGCAUGAAUUUAAAAGAAUUUGUUCAAUACUUGAAGAAAAAUUUUCAAAAGGCACAACUUUUAAAUUAUUAAAAAUAGAAGCACGAUACACUCAUAGCUUAACAUUUACUUAUGAAAUUGAGUCAAUACAACCUGAUCAACUAAAUAUCACAUUAUAUGAAACACGUUUAGAAGAGUCUGAAAACUCAAAUAUUCAAAAAUAUGAGCUACAUGUUCCAAAACUUCAUCUUGACAAUGAUAAAAAUUCACAUGCAUCCUUCAAAAUAGAUCCAGAAAGAUAUGAACUCAGAAAAAUAUCUCAAUUUGAAAAUGGAAAGUUCCUAAUAAUACUUCGGAAUAAAAAAUCAAAUCAAAUAGAAAUUUUUUUUGAAAAUUCUAAUCGCUUAAAAUCAGCUUUUCAAUUAUCAAAUUUAAAACCACUAAAAACAUUAAAUCCUGAUGGUGAUUGUCUUUUUGCUAUAAAUGAACCCAAAGGUUUAAUUGGAAUUUAUGUUGCUGAAAAAGGACUAAAUGUUUAUGCAUUUGAUGAAAAUCAAGCCAGUCUUUAUAGUCGCAACCCCAAUAUUCAAAUUCUACAAUAUUAUAAUAAUUCAGCACCAGAUAUUAAACACUUUUUCUUCAUAAAAACUACUGAAGAAUUAUGUUUUGUAGAAACUAAUGGUAAAACAAAAAUUUAUAACCUUGUGACUGGUCAAUUUCAUCCUGCAACACUACAAUUUCCUCCAGAUUCUAUAAACAUGUCAAGCACACCUGAUGGUUCUUGUAUUGUAGUAUUUGUGAAAGAAAAAUCAACAGCAUCUAAUAAUGAUGAAAAUGGCACAGCCUAUGUUUAUUUUUGUUCUAACAUGGGAAACACUGCUAAUAAAGUUGUUGAACUACCCCCAAAUAUGAAUUCAAUAGAAUUACUUCAAUUUUCAUCUAUAAAUAAUCGCCAAAUACAUCUUACAACAAUUGAUAUAAAAAAUAAUUUAUUUCUUUCAUUAGUUACUAAGAUUACACUUGAAAAAACCCAGUACAGAUUUCAACAGUGUAAUCAAGGAAAGCUAGUUGGUCAAGUUAAAUUGCUGAGAAUCUUCACUGAUUCUAACAAUAAUAAUUAUUCAAGUUUAAAAGGAAAAAACACUAGUUUUAAACAUGCAGUGCAUAAAGGAGAGUACAUUGUUAUUAAAAAAGAAAAAUUAAGUGUUGUUGAUGUAAUUUCAAACACUGAAUUGAAGGUUGCAGGUGUAUAUCAGACCUUAUCACUUGAUGAUGAUACAUGGAUUGACUUUCAAAUUGAACCAAAGAUAAAACUUAAUGGUUUUAUAGAUGCAUAUAAAUUAAUGUUUGAAAAGUAUCCAGUUGAGAGUUGCAUAGAUCCUGAACAAAAUCGGCCACUUAAUUUGAAAAUUGUCCUUGAUAUAAAUGAUGAUUGUAAAGAUGAAAAUUAUGAUAGAAAGUUUGAAAAAUAUGUUGUUAGCAUGUUCAAUGAAUUAAAGAAGAAAACAAAAAAACCUGCAUCUAUUUUAAAGCAUUUUAAAACUACUGUUACAACAUUUUCAGAACUAGACAUUGAAGAAAAUGAUUUUAUAUCAAAACAUUCAAAUAAAUAUCAACUAGGAGAUUUUGUAAUUCAACUUUCAUGUUUAAUACCCAUUCAGAUUGCAGUUGCUAAAAAUAAUCAAUUUCAACCACUUCGGGAUGGUAUAUUUAAACAUUUUGGUAAUAGACAAGUUAAAGUUGUUUCAAGUAUGGGUGAGCAAUCAUGUGGAAAAUCAUAUAUGUUGAAUCACCUUGUUGGAACAACAUUUGAUGGUUCUGCAAUGAGAUGCACUGAAGGAGUGUGGAUGUCUUUAGUUAUAACAAAAAAAAAUAUUUAUGUUGCACUUGAUUUUGAAGGUUUAAAAUCUUUGGAAAGAACACCACAAGAAGACUUAUUUUUAACUUUGUUUAACACAAUGGUUUCAAAUUUGAUACUUUUUAAAAACCAAUUUGCUGUUAGUAGAGACAUGUCAGAAAUGUUUCAAAGAUUUCAAGAUGGUGCAACUUUUUUUAAAUCUGACUCAAAUGUUUUUCAAGCAAAACUUUGCAUCAUAAUUAAAGAUGUUCAUGAAAAUGAUCGAAAAGGAAUUGUUGAUGAGUUUCAUCUCAAGUUUGAAGAUUUGGUUAAAAAACAAGGAGAAGAUAAUUUUAUUACUAGAAUGUAUAAAAGUGGAUUAACUAUUUUUCCAUGGCCAUUAUUUAAUGAUCCUGCUUGGUUCAAAACUUUGAAAACUGUUAAAAAAAAAUUAGAUAAACAGAAAGCAAAAUAUGAAAAUGCACGAACUUUUUUACAAAACACUAAAGUCAUUAUGGCUAAAUUAAAGAUUUGUGAUUGGGGAUCUUUGGAUGAAAACCUUGUUCAAAUGCGUUUAUCAAUUUUAAAAAGAAUACUUCCAAUAGCUAUAUCUUAUGGCUUAGAGCAAAAGGAGCAAGAAAUUAAGCCCUUAAUAAAUCACAAUACAGGAGAGAAAAUAGAUGAUCAACCUCAAUUAAAUCAUGACACUGGGGAGAAAACAGAUGGCCAAACUCAUUUAUCUAAAUUUGCAGAAACCUUCAAUACACAAAAUGAACUAUUUCCAGAUUCAGAUGUUUUACUCUUUGAAGAAAAUGCUGAUUUUGUUGAUUUUUCAUAUGAUCUAAGAAAUCAAUUUGAAGAUAAAAUUCAAGAAAGGAAAAAGUCUGAAAAAGAUUCAGAAUGGUUUAGUAAAUUAGAAAUGUUUUUCAAUUUUAUUAUUGAACGAAGAGUAUAUCGUGUUGAGCAAUGGUUUUUACAAAAUAUUAACAAAUUUCCACAAGACAAUAGUGAAGUUGUUAUUGGAAAAUAUGCUCUUGAAAAAGAAAUCAACAAUCUUAGGCUUUUUUGGACAUUAUGUGGGCUUUCUUGUCAGGAUUGUGGAUUACGCUGCCUUAAAAAUCAUGGUCAUACUGACAAUCAUGACUGCAAGACUAAUCAUGAAUGCCAUUUCUCAUGUCAAUUUGUAGAGGCACAUAGUUCUUUUAUUCCAACUUGUAGUUAUAAAGCAGGACAUGAUGGGAAACAUGCAUGUAAUAAAACCAGUCAUUUAUGUGGAAAACCUUGUAAACUUAGUGAUAAACGUAAUUGUCAAAAAGUAUGUUCAAAAGAUAUUGGACAUGAAGAUGAUGAACACAUGUGUCAGUCAGAUCGUCAUUAUUGUGGAGAGUCAUGCUCACUCUUUACAUCAAUCAAUAAAGGUGAUAAAGGUGAUUAUGAAUGUCCAAACAAAUGCAUUAUGCCAUGUGAGCUUGAGCAUGAUCAACAUCGUUGUGAAAAUGAGACAUGUCCAAUUGAAUGCCCAAUUUCAGAUUGUCGGAAUAGAUGCCAGAGUAAUAAUCAUUUUCAUGCUUACAGUGAAUUUACAGUUAAUCAUUUUUGUGGUAAUGAUCAUCAAUGUCUUGAGGAAUGUGAAGAGCCAGGUAUUUGUAAAAUUUCAACUGAACCCAAAAAAGAAGAAGCAACUUAUAAAGGGUUGAUCAAAGAAACUUCAAUUAGCUUUUUUAAAUAUAUUCAACAAAGUGAAAGGAUGAGAUGUAAUAAAAGAAUACCACCAAACUCCUUCAAGCAUGAAGGAACACAUUCACAUGAUGAAAAUGGAGUUCAUUUUUGUGAUAAAAAAUGUCAAUUUUGUGAAUAUUAUUGCAACUUACCUCAUGGACAUAUACAAACUUUACAUGAUACUCGCCAUGGAAAUAUGGUACAGACUGAAUUUACUGCAGAAAAUGAUGAAUUUGAGUAUAAGGGACAUAAAUUACAAAUUGGAGAUCAAGGUUCUUUUGUUCUUUGUAAUUUUUAUUGUAAAGAAUUAGGUCGCCAUAGACAUAUUGAUUAUUGUCAAAAUGUGGAGGCAUGUAAAAAUGGACAACAAGGGCAUGAAGUAAUACAUUUAGAUGCACCCAUCAAGCCCAAUCCUGAUGAUAAAAAAGAUUUUGUAACUCAUAAAUUAUUUUGGGGAAGAACUGGCUUUAAAGAUCCAUAUUCAACACAAGAACAAGUAGAAUUUGCAAAAUGUGAUCAUGAAUGUCCAGAUGAAGCUCACAAUAAGCAACAAAGUUCUAAUAGUGCAACUCCCACAAAAUCUUAUUGUGAAUUGGAAAUUUUCCAUAAACCUUUAAAUCCAUCAUCUAGUACAUCAACUGGUAUUGGUUACAUUUCACUGGAUGGUCAUCAGUUCAGCUGUGAUAAUCCAAAUAAAAGAGAAGCAGCAUUUCAUAUUAUAUUUGCACUUGAUCGAUCAGGUUCAAUGGGAUUUAAUGAUAGAAAACCUUUAGAAAACAUUCGUUCAAACAUCCGUCAAAAAAUUGCACAAAAACACAAUAAUAGGCUAGGCGCAGUAUACUCAGCAGUUUAUUCAUUUAUGGAAACACGCCUUACAUCUCAAAGGAAUCUAACUCAGGGUGCCAUUAAUAAAGACACUAUUUCUUUAAUCUUGUUCAACAGUAGUACUAUUGUACCAAUUGAAAAUCAACCAUUAAGUGAUGCAGACAAAUUUUUAGGUACUAUGGUUCAGCAUAAUGCAAGUGGUGGAACUAACUUUGACUUGGCGAUACAGAAAGCAGGGUUCCUAGUUGAUAAAUAUUAUGAUCCAACAAAGACAAAUAUUAUUAUUUUUUUGUCAGAUGGUAAAUGUGGAUCACCAGAUGCUCGAUUAGAAAAUAUUUGUAGAGUCAAUCAACAAAGAGGGUCACCGUUAUAUCUUUAUACAGUUUUAUUUAGCAGUGAUUCUUCUAGCCCAUCAUUAGUAAAGAUGGCUGAUAUCGCACAAAGUCAUCUUCCAACUAAUUCUUCAUCCCAAUCUUUAAAAUGUCAAUUCACUCGAGCUAUUGAUGAAAUAGCUUUGGCUAAUUAUUUUACUGUUGUUGCAGAAAGUUUAAGAGCACAUAAACCUUCUUUAAUGAAAAAGUUGUAA